UGUUGAUAAUAAUUAUCAACAUGUAAUAAUAUUUUCUAAUGUUGACAAGCGUUAUUGUUAUUAUACAAAAUGUCUUAUAUACGUAUACAUCAAACACAUUUUUGAAGAGGAUAAAGAAAAGUACCAUGUGUUGCGUUUGAUUAAUGUAAUGUUCAUGACGCAUACUUUGUUCUAAAAAUCAGUUGGACUUUUAUGCUGAUCACAAAACUAGAUUUCUAUUAUUCGUAAAAUAAUAUUUUAACUACACGUUGAGAAAGUGAUAUAUGUGAAAAAUUUUGAGAAACGUACAAUUUGAAGGAUGUAUAACAAUAUGUCCAGAUAAUUAUAAUUAGGUAUUGAAGUUCGUGCAUAAUUAAAGCAAGUUGACAGAAAACAAAGAAGAAUAAAAGAGGUCAAUAAAAUAUAAUAGACACGUCAUGGAAGGCGGAAUUAUUGAGACUCCCGAUCCUACACUUAAUGCAUCUAGUUGUGAUGAUGAUGCUCUCAGAGGUUGCUGCAAUCCCAAAGGAAGAUUAUGGAGGUUUACUGGGCUGGUCCUUAUGUGCUUCAUGGGCUUUGGUUCUUAUUUCUGUUAUGAUGGUCCAGGAGCACUACAGGAUAAUUUUAAAAGUGACUUAGACAUGCAAACAAGUCAAUUCGUGUUGUUAUAUUCGAUUUAUUCAUGGCCUAAUACUAUUUUUUGUUUUAUUGGAGGAUUUUUAUUAGAUAGAGUAUUUGGAAUUAGACUUGGAACAAUUAUAUAUAUGGGAUUAGCUUUAGCAGGACAAGUUAUUUUCGCCACAGGUGCAAUGGUUAAUACUUUUUGGAUGAUGAUGCUUGGUCGUUUUAUUUUUGGAAUUGGUGCUGAAUCCUUGGCUGUUGCUCAAAAUAAUUACGCCGUUCUUUGGUUCAAAGGGAAAGAAUUGAAUAUGGUAUUUGGUUUGCAGUUGAGUUUUGCUCGUGUCGGAUCAACAGUUAAUUUUCUAGUUAUGGAACCAAUAUAUAAUUAUGUCUCCAAAGAGUAUUCUGGACCAAAAUGUAUUGGUGUUGUUUUAUUCUUAGCAUCACUUACUUGUGUAUUUUCACUAACUUGCUGUAGUAUUCUUGGACUUAUGGAUAGACGUACGGAAAAGUUAUUGAGAAGAGGUCAUGGUGAACAACGAGAAGUUGUUAAAUUGACAGAUGUCAAAUACUUCAGAGGAAUAUUUUGGUUAAUUGCUCUAAUAUGCGUCGCAUAUUAUGUAGCAAUAUUUCCAUUCAUUGCAUUAGGAAAAGUGUUUUUUGAACGAAAGUAUCAAUUAUCUCCGGAUGCUGCUAAUGCAGUGAACUCACUUGUUUAUUCAAUUUCGGCUGGAGCAUCACCAGUGUUUGGAUUUUUGGUUGAUAAAACGGGGAAAAACGUUCUCUGGGUGGUUAUUAGCAUUUUAGGGACUGUUAUGGCUCAUGGUUUACUAGCAUUUUCAUACGAAAAUCCGUAUGUUUGUAUGAUCAGUAUGGGUUUAUCAUAUUCAAUGUUAGCUAGUAGUUUAUGGCCACUUAUUUCUCUUGUUAUACCUGAAUAUCAACUCGGUACUGCUUAUGGAACGGCACAAUCUGUACAAAAUUUAGGUCUAGCAGUUGUAUCAAUAGUUUCUGGAAUGAUUGUUGACAAAAAAGGAUACUUUAUGUUAGAAAUGUUUUUCCUUGGUUGGCUUUUAAUUUCUUUAAUCACAGCUGUUUGUAUUUGGGUAUGGGAUCUAUCGGAGACUGGUGGCUUUUUAAAUAUGACUCCAAACCAAAGAAAAUUACAUGAAGCUAAUCGUCCUACUCUUGAUUCAUUAGAAAGGGAAAAACUUUUAUCCGCCGGUUCAACGUCAGAUUUUUCUGCUGACGAUCUACUUCAACCUCAAUCAGAUAUUAACAUACGGAAUCGUUAUUUAUCCCGCAUCGGACCUAUACUACCAUCUCAAGUAAAAGCCACAACAUAUCGUGCGUUACGAUAAUGAGUGGACUUAGAAAAUUAAUUAGACAAUUUUUAUAUUUUGUAUGAAAUUAUUCUAAACUACAUGUUAUAAUUCAACGUCUUCCUAUAGUUCUAUUUAUUCUGUGAUAGACUUAAAGCAAAUUAAGCAACAAAACAAAAAUAGGAAUGACAUUUCGUAUUUGAAGUAUCAAGAGUAAUCUGUAUAUUAAAUUGAAAUUCAUAUAAUCAAAUUCUACAAAUUUUUUAU